UACUUCAAGACGUAUCACAGCUGCGUCCACGACGCACUGCGGUCAACAAGAUGCGAUGGACAUUCGGACAUAAUGGACAAAGCGCUUGCCAACAUUGAGCAGCACAGGCUUGCGAAUAGACUGAACUGCGAUAGAGAUCACAUCGUGUACGCGCCACAAAUGGAUGAUCAGUCGGCUUGCCACAAGCGCUCGGCGCUCCGCAAAUUCUUUCUGUGUGGCCUAGCGUUCCACUACGUCACAGAAAAGAAUGACAGCAGGAUGAGCGAAGACCGGAGACUACUGUGCCAGGCUGUGCACGAAUAUCAGAAAUGCACAUCCAUGGCACUUUCUUCAACGGAUUGCUUCAUGGACGAGGCACUACGAAAACAUGUCUCCUACUUUUCAAGCGGAGCUCUAGAAGACCAAGGAGUGGCCUGCAGUUCGGACGGCAUGCCCAAAGCUCAGCGUUCACAGAUUUCAAGCAGCAAGCAACGUCUGCUGCACGCACAGCAGAAGUGCGUGGGGCGAGCAGUCCUGUACGACUUCUUCAAGUGCGGUCUCGAGUUCAACAGAAUGGUGAAGCGGGCCAACCGCGGUGAAACCAAAUUCAAGAGAGCCUAUUCACGCAAGAAGGGCAAGCGGAGCUCCCGCAAGCGGCAGAAGCCCAUUGUCGUCCCUCGAACUGCCUUCAGGAAGCCCCUGGUACACGCGGAAAGCCUGGUGCUAUGCGAGAUCAUAGCGAAGUUCAACGCAUGCACUCAUGAACUGGAGCAGCGGCACGAUUGUAAUGUAAGAGACCACGCAGAACUUACGGGCAAUAUGAAGUUCGUGAGAAACUCCUUGAUUGCAACACUAGGAAUGUUGGAUUGCAUCGCACAAACACACAAUUUGACCACUCCACGCCCCACCAUUCCUCACGGUGGUGUACGGACUACGGAACGUGGUGUUCCAACAGGAACCUUCACUACGCCAACUGGCAUUCCGCCGAAUUGCCAGUACAUGGAAUUUGUGCGCCGCUACUCCUAUUGCGCCGUAGCUUUCUAUGCCGACUUAGAAGGAAGAGGACUCUCCGUAACCAACUCGGAAGUAUGCACUUUCGUGAAUGAGUUCUUGGAGUGUGAACGAGUAGCCAUGGCUGAUACUCGGUGUCAAUCAGCGUCAACUGCGCUGCUUGCGGAUAUCAAUUACUUCACGGAUGUCCUGUUGAAGAAGUAUAGACACACAUGUCAACUGACUACCCGGUUUUCACGGCCUUCAAGGACGCCGAAAACGGUUGCCCCAGUUGGGCCACCAGGUCCUACAACUGUGUCCCCACAUGAGUGUCAGCAGAAAGAACUGUUGCGAAGGUUCUUUGCUUGUGGGAUUGCAUUGCAAGCAAGCAUUGAAAUGGCGGACGACCCAUGCAAGUGCAUCAGUGAGUACGAGAAGUGUUACUCACGGGCCAAGAACGACUUGAAGUGCUGGAACGACAACAUGGGGGCGAACUUUACAAAGUAUAUGCUUGAGCUUACCGAGGCUACCAAGAAGAUGUACCAAGUCAACUGCCCGAAGCGAUUCCAUGCUGGCACCGCUCUCGGCAAAUGUGAUGCUGCAGAAGCAAUGCGCAGGUUUUUCCUGUGUGAUUUGUCCUACUUCCGACUAGUCGAAAACGCCGUAAGAGUGGGCGGUAAAGCGUACGAAAACAUUUGCAGGCACGUACUCGAUGUGAACGACUGUCUAGCGAAGCUGGAGUAUCAGACUGGCUGCACAAAGUCCGUUCUGCAUCAGCAUGCGGCCUCUCUUCUGGGCCAGAUAACAUCACCGUUUUCACGGAAAUGUGGCGAGCCAAAACUGGCCUUGCAGGCCAGUGCACAGAUUGCCCUGCAAAGAGACAAGUGCGAUGAGUCUGCUGUUCUGAAGAAGGCCCUCGUAUGUGCCAUCGGUUUCCAAAAUUUUAUGGACCAAAAAGUGUCACGACGAAGACCUACUAAGGAAGAGGUGUGCCCGUUUAUCAAGGAUUUUGAGAACUGUAUCGACAACGCCAGUCAAGGGAGCACCUGCAAAACUGACAUGUCACUGAGCGCGCAGCUGGUGACCUACAAGAGGCUGUUAGAGGAAGAGUACGGAGUCGACUGCCGCCCGAAAGGAGAGAUGAGCCCGCGGUUUUCCGCCGGAAGCGAGUCGGCGGACUACUUUUAUGAUGACCUGCGAAAGCGAGAGCAGAAGUCGCAGCGAAGCCACCGUGAACGGCCGCCUGCACCCUCCGGCAGAAAGGGUGAUUCAGAUUCUUACGACUACGGUGACAGUAGACGACGUCGUGGGGCCGGACGCAAGGCGGCACCGAACAGAAACGACGCGUACAAGGGCCGCGAGGACUACGACUACUACAACGAUCCAGCGAAGGCAAUGCCGACUCCUCCGUUACCACCCCCGAAUGUGGAAUACGAAGACGAGGAUGCUAAGGAGUACUACGACUUCAAGCCAGACACGAAGCGUGGCGACUCGGGCGGAGACGGCGGGCGCGGGAGCCGGGGGAGGUUGCGCAGGGGCGGGGACGAUGGAGACGACGAGCGACCGCCACGAAAGCCCGCGAACGGCGGGGAGCGUCGCUCGAAAGCAAGGAAGAACGAAGCUCCCCAGGAGACGGCGAAAGAGAGCCACGCGUACCGAGACGACGAAGGCCCCAUUCGACCGGGAAACUCGUACGAGUACGGCUUUGAAGAAGGUUUCAGCAAGAAAAAGCUCAAGACAAACGACCGCAGUGAAGACGCCAGCUUCUUCGAGGACGACCAGGACACCGAACAGGUCGAGAGAGCUCCGCGCCGCCGCAACCGUAGGCAGGAUGCUCCCGCUGUGGGCAACCCGUUAGACGACGAGGAGGAAGCCUCGGACGAAGAGCGCAUCAACGACGGCGUUGAAGACGGUGAGCCGGUCCGUGCGAGUCGGCGCGCUGCGGUUGAAGACGAAGAUGACGACGAGGAUCCGUUCUUCCGGGGAAAGCUGGCACGCGCCAAGCAGGAGAGGAAGUUCCAGAGAAGUCGCUACAUGCAGAUGGAAGACGAUGGCUACGAAGACGCUCAGCGUCGGAAGAAUCUGAGCGCGUGCAAUGUGCACAUGUACCACAUCGACAUGAAGCGUUGUGACCGAGGCAUCAUGGAUGAAGUGGCGUCACUGUACAACGUGACCGUACGCCUCUCGCGCAGCGUGUCUAAGGCUGCCAAGUCUAGCGCGUGCAUUGCCAUUCGAGAAUUUGAAUCCUGCAUACAACAAGCUCAGAUCAGGCACCACUGCAUGGUAUUCGACGAGACGCACAACAUUUCUGUCAUGCGAAAUCUACUGGCGAGAGCAUUUGACGUAAACUGUUCCGAAAAUGCGCCAGUGCCAAUGAAACAACUGUACGCAGGUUCACAGCAAAAAGGAUGCAACAACACCAUGCUGGCUCGCCUGUACUCCUACUGCGCCGUUGGAUUCUAUGCAGAAGUGGAAGGGCAACAGAUCGACAAAAUGGACAAAGCCGUGUGCCACUUUGUUCGUGAGUUCAUGAAUUGUACGAAGGACGCCUAUCAUGACUCCCUUUGCGAACAAACGGACGUGCCAAUCAAGCCAACCACCAGCUUUUUCGACAGCGUGCUGCUGACGAAAUAUGCCCGCUUGUGCGGGAUCGAGCACGAACUUGUGCGGCCCACAAAACCCCCGCACCUGACAAUCCCCGUGACACACCCAAUAAUCGACAAAUGUGGCCAGCCCGGUAAAAUCGGCGGCCCGGGCGGCCCCGGCGGCCCGGGAGGCCCCGGCGGCCCGGGCGGUCCCUGCGGGCCCGGUGGACCUGCUCAGGCAGUUUGCCAGCCCCCAGGUAUGCCCGGUGGUCCUAAUGGACCCGGAGGUCCUGGGGGGCCCGGAGGUCCUGGGGGGCCCGGAGGUCUGGGGGGUCCGGGAGGUCCUGGGGGACCCGGUGGUCCACAACCAGGACAACCAGGGGGCCCCGGCGGUCCAGGAGGUCCAGGCGGGCCCGGUGGUAUCGGUGGUCCAGGAGGUCCCAACGGCCCGAAUGGACCCAAACCAGGAGAGCCUGGGGGAUUAGGAGGGCCUGGAGGACCCGGCGGUCCAGGCGGUCCUGGUGGACCCGGUGGUAUCGGUGGGCCAGAAUGUAUAUGUCCUACAGGAUCACCAACGUGGUCGUCAAGCACAACUACGACGACCUCGACUACAACGCCACCGCCGCACGUAACCCGAAAGACCAUUGGUACAUACUCGACGACUAUUGAGACAACGACGACAUCAAGUGCCGAAAGCGCAACAUAUACCGGUUCGAGCACAACUGAAGCAGAGUACCCUUCGACAACGACACCCUUUACCAGUGGCAGCACCAUUGAGACAACGUGUCUUGUCAUCAAUACGUCUUACAAGUACCCUGAAGAGUGCGACAGAAAGGAGCUGCUGCGGCGCUUUUUCACAUGUGGAAUCACAUUCCAGACCAAUCUGGAGCUGCAGAAACCCGAAUGCAAGUGCUACUACGACUACAAGAAGUGCUUUGAGGAAGCACGGAAGGAGCUCAAGUGCCACACUACGGACCAAACUAAGGACCCGCUCGUCAUCACCGUGAACAUUCUGUCCUGAACUAAUGAGCAACAUCUACAGUGUCAAAUGCACGCCGUCGAUGAGUCCCUUGAAUUUUGAGGAAUGUAAUCAAGCAUUAGCAUUGAAGAAAAUCAUGAUGUGUUGCGUCACGUACUUCUCCCUCUCUGACGAACACACGAGGUCGGUGUGGUCUGGAGGAGCGGACACUUGU